AUGCCUCCCACGGACGCCCCAAGGCAGCGGGAAUUCAUUCAUCCCGAUGCUGCUCAUGCCAGGAAAAAGACCCCACCAAGCCCCUUCGUUCUCCAACCCAUCACGGCCUUCUACUUUUUCCUUGCAGCCAACCUCAUAGCCGCCGUCUUUGCUCCGAUACAGGACUGCGAUGAAACCUUCAACUACUGGGAGCCGACGCAUUAUCUCACCCAUGGCUAUGGGUUACAAACUUGGGAGUACUCACCCGAGUACUCCAUCCGCAGUUGGCUUUACAUCUCGUUGCAUGCCAUCGUAGCCAACAUCCGUCGCAUACUACCUCAGUCAACAAAGGUCUCGGAAUUUUACUUUGUUCGAUACGUGUUGGCCGUCAUCUGCGCCCUUGCACAGACGCUCCUAUAUCGAUCAAUCAGCCUAACAAUCUCCCCGCGCACCGGGACGUGGUUCAUAAUGGCGCUGAUUGCAAGCCCUGGGAACUUCCAUGCUAGCGCCGCAUAUUUGCCGUCGUCCUUUGCCAUGUACGCAUGCAUGCUCGGUGCAGCGUCUUUCAUACAUUGGAGAGGUGGUCUCAAGACGUCGCAUGGAAUCUUCUGGUUUGCAGUGGCUGGAGUCAUUGGCUGGCCUUUUGCCGCUGCGUUGUGCGUGCCAUUCCUUGCCGAGGAGGGUCUCUUCGCAUUGUUUGGCGAUGGCGAGCGCAGGUUUGAUUGCUUUGUCCGCGUUGGCAGGGGUGUCGUGGCUGCUUUUCUCCUCGUGGUUUUUGACACAUGCAUCAACACAUUUUUCUACCGCAAGAUGGAGGUCAUUUCCUGGAAUAUCGUCAAGUACAACAUAUUUUCAUCGAGUGGGGGACCAAACCUGUACGGGACUGAGCCGUGGACGUUCUACUUCAAGAAUCUCGCGCUCAACUUCAACAUCUGGUUUGUGCUGGCUAUGCUGUCAAUGCCUUUGUUCCUUAUGAGGAACCUUAUGGUACCAUCCGGUCAUGAACUCAGGUCAGGCUGGCGUACCAUCGUGUUCUUGACGCCUUUCUACAUGUGGCUCGGCAUCUUUACGGCGCAGCCACACAAAGAGGAGCGCUUCAUGUACCCGGCUUAUCCUUUCUUGGCACUCAACGCAGCCGUUGCAUUCCACAUCAUCGUCACCGCCCUAGGCAACGCCAAUCCCAAGACUCUGAUUGGCAUGAUCCCGGGAAAGCUCAAGUUGACUGUACUGUCUAUUGCUGUACUGCUUGCGUUUGACGUGUCCCUGGCUCGGAUCUAUGGGGUUUACACGGCAUAUUCGGCACCUCUUUCCCUAUACAAGCCACUAGGGACCGGCGUUUUGGGAGAACAGGGCCUUGGUGGUUCUGGCGACUCUGUCUGUUUCGGCAAGGAAUGGUACCGAUUUCCAUCGUCUUUCUUCCUUCCUCGCGACAUGCGUGCUAAGUUCAUUCGCUCUGAGUUCCGCGGCCUUCUACCCGGAGAGUUCUCAGAAGCGAGGACAGGCUUUGGCAUUUUCGGAGGUACCUGGCUUACGCCCAGCGGGAUGAAUGACCGCAACGAAGAAGACAUGGGCAAGUAUGUGGACAUCAACACGUGCGCCUUUCUUGUGGAUACGCAAUACCCGCAUCACAGCGAACCCCUACCACCCAACGAGCCCGAAUACGUAGCGGACAAAGAAAAUUGGGAGGGUAUAGUGGUGUUCCCGACGACAGCAGGGGAGGUCAGCGAGGUCAUCAUCUACGCCAACGAGCACUCGAUCCCGUUCACGGUGUGCUGCGGCGGACACGCCACGAGCGGCUCGUCGUCCAUCGGCCUGGACGGUAUGCUCAUCCACCUGUGCCUAAUGCAAGCCAUCUCGGUCGACGCGGACGCGAAGACCGUCACUUUCGGGGGCGGCUGCCUGUGGCGGCAGGUCGACGCUGCGACCGCAGAGCACGGGCUGGCCACGCCGGGCGGCACCGUAUCUCACACCGGGGUCGGGGGUCUGAUCCUGGGCGGCGGGUUCGGGUGGCUGAGCGGGCGGUACGGCCUCUGCAUUGACAACCUGCUCGAGGUGGAGGUCGUCCUGGGCGACGGGAGGAUCGUGACGGCCAACGCGGCGUCCGAGCCGGACCUAUUCUGGGCCAUGCGUGGGGCGGGACAGAGUUUCGGCGUCGCGACCAGGUUCACCUCCCGACUGUACGCUCAAGGAGAGGUAUGGGGCGGGCUGCUCGAGUUCCCGCACGAGCGGCUGUCGGAGAUCGUUGUGGCCGCCAACGAGAUGAUCGACAAGGGCGAUGAGGACCAAUGCCUCAUGGUCACGUCUACGUACGCGACCUCUAAAGACUCGGAGGGGACAGAGCGGGCCAAGGUCACGACGGUCUGCUGCUUUUACAACGGCACGGCGGAAAAGGCAGAAGGUGAAGUCUUCAAGCCGCUGCUGAGCCUGCGCCCGCACACCAACACUGCAAAACAGCUGCCGUACGCAGAGAUGAACCGGGUGCUGGAUGACUUUCUGAGCUACGGGUCCAUGAUGCGACAGGGCGGGACCAACGUCCUCCCACCUCUUCAGUCAGAGGUGCUGGCCGGCGCCGCCGACAAGCUCUUUGAUUGGGUUGACGAGAUGCUGAGAAAGUCAGAGGGUGGGUUCGAUGCACGUGAUAGCAUCAUCGCGUGGGAGCUGAUCCCCUUCGACAAGACGGCGUCUCUGCUGGGCAGCGCGACGGCGACGGGGAACCGGGGCCGGUACUACAACGUUGGGAUGGUGGUGUGCAGCAAUAGCACCAGCACCAGCACCAGCAGCGGCGGGAGCGACGGCGAUGCGUGGCAGGACGAAGAGAUGCUGGCGCUCAAGCGAGAGCUGUCGGCCAGCAUCGCCACGGCGGGGUUCAAGGCUGACAUGGUGGGACACGGCGGGGUGGGCCACUACGUGAACUACGCCGAGGAGCAGCUCAGCGCCGAGGCCGGGUUUGGGGGGAACGCCAAGCGCCUGAGGGAAUUGAAAACGAGAUAUGAUCCGGACAAUAGGUUUCGGAAGCUGUGGAGGCUCGAUAAGAAUUUGCAAGAGGCAAUCUGA